GCCGCCGGGGCCGGAGCCGAGGCGCGGUCCAGCCCUGAGCGCAGCGCGCCCCGCGCCGGCCCUGGCGCCUGGGUUCUGCGGAUCAGGAGCUGGAAUGCUGCACCUUCCCUGCCUCUGAGCCCUGCCUCCUUCUGCGGAUCCCACUCAAUAGAAACUCGGUUGUUUGGCCUUUUACUCCGGAGGGAAAGAAGCAGACGAUGAGAGGGAAGGAAUUGAUUGAGUACGAUGCAGAAGUUCACAGUCCCUAUCUGAAACCCUGGGGCCAGACAUGUUGGAAUUCAGGAUUCGGGGAUGUGGAUUAUCUAUUAUACAUCAUGCAGCAUCCUCAAUGCAGCACUGCAUAAUAAAGAGAAAAUAAUGAAUGUCAAAGGAAAAAUAAUUCUGUCAAUGCUGGUUGUCUCGACUGUGAUUGUUGUGUUUUGGGAAUAUAUCAACAGCCCAGAAGGCUCUUUCUUGUGGAUAUAUCAGUCAAAAAACCCAGACGUUGGUGACAGCAGCACUCCAAAGGGCUGGUGGUUCCCGAGCUGGUUUAACAAUGGGUCCCAUAGUUAUCAAGAAGAAGAAGAAGACAUAGACAAAGAAAAGAGGAGAGAAAAGGGACAACGAAAGGAGGAUGAUGAAGAAGAGCUUCAGCUCUGGGAAUGGUUUAAUCCAAAGAAACGUCCAGAGGUUGUGACGGUGACCGGAUGGAAGGCGCCAGUUGUGUGGGAAGGCACUUACAACAGAGCCAUCCUAGAAAAUUAUUAUUCCAAACAGAAAAUCACUGUGGGGUUGACAGUUUUUGCUGUUGGAAGAUACAUUGAGCAUUACUUGGAGGAGUUCAUAACAUCUGCUAAUAGAUACUUCAUGAUUGGCCACAAAGUCAUAUUUUACAUCCUGGUGGAUGAUGUCUCCAGAAUGCCUUUGAUAGAGCUGGGUCCUCUACGCUCCUUCAAAGUGUUUGAGAUCAAGCCAGAGAAGAGGUGGCAGGACAUCAGCAUGAUGCGCAUGAAGACCAUUGGGGAGCACAUUUCAGCCCAUAUCCAACAUGAGGUUGACUUCCUCUUUUGCAUGGAUGUGGACCAGGUCUUCCAAGACAACUUUGGGGUGGAGACCCUGGGCCAGUCAGUGGCUCAGCUACAGGCCUGGUGGUACAAAGCAAAUCCUGACGAAUUUACCUAUGAGAGGCGGAAAGAGUCGGCAGCAUACAUUCCAUUUGGACAAGGGGAUUUUUAUUACCAUGCAGCCAUUUUUGGAGGAACACCCCUUCAGGUUCUCAACCUCACCCAGGAGUGCUUUAAGGGAAUCCUCCAGGACAAGCAAAAUGACAUAGAAGCUGAGUGGCAUGAUGAAAGCCACCUGAACAAGUAUUUCCUGCUCAACAAACCCACUAAAAUCUUAUCUCCAGAGUACUGCUGGGAUUAUCAUAUAGGCCUACCUUCAGAUAUUAAAAUUGUCAAGAUAUCUUGGCAGACAAAAGAAUAUAAUUUGGUUAGGAAUAAUGUCUGACUUUAAAUUGUUAUCGGCUGAUCUCUGAAAUUGAGAGAGUAGUGUUCUGGCUACUUCCUCAGAAAAGUAACACUUAAUUUAACUUAAAAAAAUACUAACAAAACACCAACACAGAAAACACAUACUUCUUUCUCCUUGUAACUUUGAGCCUUGUAAUAUGGUGAAAAUGAACCUAUGGUAAUCAGAUGUACAUUCCCAGUGAUUGCUUAUAUUUUCUGGGUUUGGGGAAAAUACCAUCAGCUGAACCAAAAAGAAUUUGCUAUAGAAACACUCUACAUGUGUUGGAUAACAUACUGGAGAAGAGGGUGCUAAGGGAAGUGUUUGGCAACAAGAUAUGGCUAUGGCAGGGUCGGGGGAGUGUCCCCUUGAUUUCAACGUCUUCCUGUUUUGGGGAGUCUGAAGAAACAGAGUUGCUUUGCAGCAGGUGAACUCUCCGUGGUGACACCAUUUACCCUGGUCAUCCUCAAAAGCUUCAAGCAGAUUGCUUCACGCCAUUUGCAGUCCCUUUCCUCCUCAGGAUGUUUGGCUUCCUUGCAAAAGGCUGGUGGCGAUUCCAAGUGGCCAUCAUGGUCCUUAAGGAAUCCAUGAGCUGGUAGCUGCACAGUGUGAAGUGAAACAGAGCCUCAACACGAGUCUACCAUGAAAGAGCAAAGAGAGUGGAAAUGGAGAUGGGCUCAUUUGUGGGGCAGUGCCAUCCUGGAUCGGCGCUGACACAUAUUGCAAAUCCAGGCACUGAGUGGGAAGCGUUGUUGGUCAUUUCCAGCCUCGUUGACUCCAUGACUAACGGAGCAGCAGGCACUUGAAUGGAAGCUUCUUGCUUUGCUCAAGCUGCAGUCUGAGACUUGCAUCUCUAGAUCCUUGGUGAGGCGAAGGAGAUGAUGUCAGAGAAGGGGAAGACUCAGAGUAGAUUGGAGAGGCUUCAAGGAGUUACUAUUUCCAGGGCCCGGACGUCCUUAGAGGACAGCCAGUCAGUCCUUAGCUAGUCCUACCACCUGCUUAAACCUCAGGGGCCCUCAUAAUAUCAGCUUGAAAGGCUGAUACCAAGGAAUGGAUAAGAGAAAAAGCCCUCCCAUCAACAGACUCAGGUUUUCCCCUGCUCCAUCUGCACUGUGGAAGUAUAAAGACCAGAUAUAUUUGACAAAAGUGGUUAACUGAUUUUAUAACAAAAGCAUGAGGAGAUAACAAGAGUCAGUCAUCUGAAGGAACAACUUAACAUUCAGUUCCUUUCUCUAAGAGAAGCUGUGAAAUCCUACAUAUUAUUUAAAGUCAGUGUAAAGGAAGCUUGGAGGCAACAUUUACAUAUAUUUUAUUUGUGCUCCAGUUUAAGUCAUCCGUCUCCAUUUUCAAACAAUUUAUUUGAAGAGCCAUUGAACUGGCUUGACAUACAACGCAAUAGGCUGCUUUGAUAAAAAGGAAGCCUACAUUUUCUAUUGUUUCAUUAUGCCUCCUACUCUCAAUUCUUGCCGAAGAAAAGUCUCACAUCUGACAAAACAAAACAAAAAUCCUCAUUUAGUGGGCUUUGAAGAAGAAAAAGGCCACCUUACAUCACUUAAGAAUCUGGUUUCUCUGUUACUCAGAUUGUCUUGGGUCUGGUCUAUACUAGAGGAGUUCAAUGGUUCAAGUCUUGAACCAAAGAAUCACCUGUCCCAAAGUCUACAGAAAAGGGCUGAUGUUUACUUUGAGAGAAUUUCUUGAUUUUUUUUUUUUUUUACUCAUUUAAAUUUAUAUCCCUAGUGGACAAAUUCAGUAUCUCAUUAAUUGAUAUUCUUAAAUGUUUUUUUAAAUAAAAUUCCUGAUUUACAAUUGAAUAAAUUAU